AUUAGAACUUCAUGACAAAUAUUCAAUCACUCAGAUCGUGGAAAAGUCCGUGAAAGGCAAGUCUAAUGGAUGAUUGAUUCUUUCGAUCGCCUUCCAACCUUGCUAGUACAACCUGUCGUCAAACGUUCUCUACAGCCACCUUGUAAGGGUGGCUGUCAGAAUGGCACAGGCUGAAACGUAUGUCUGCUGACCCUCAUAACAGCUGAGGGUGAGAACAAAGGUUUCCCACCCGUCGACGCGGUCUCAACGAGCGUCCCAAAUGCCACGUCAUUUGUACUCUCCGAACUAGCGGCUAGUUCUUUGACAACGCGUAAAGAGGAAGCAGAUUGUUCUGUUUCGGUCGUACUUAUCACCAUUAUCAAAAUGGAAUUCGAUCUUUGGAUGUUAUCUUGACGGUCUCUCAAAUGAAUGUGUGCAUGCAUCUGUAUUGCGCCCGAAGAUGCCUCCAUCUCCUAAGCAUUACUAUGGUACUUCUAUCUGCGAAUUUCUACAGGAGGCCAGUGUGCCUGAGAAGUGCAACAUGGCAGCGGUGCGUCGUCAUGAAGAACUCGAGUAAGGUGAUGUGUUUACCUGCAUGAGAUCGAAAUGGCUCUCAGAAGUGAACUGAUGAACACCAUUUUUCAAGUUACUCUCUAAUAUGGUCGAAGGUUUAUCGAUGAUAAUGAUAUGUGUCCCGGCGAAACUGCCACAGGCGGUAACAAUUUGUUCCACUUUGGCUGUUGUUUGUGUGUCACGCUUUUGCUCGUGACGGCGGCACCACAAAAGUCGCGUCGCGACGCGUGCGACGCGUCUCAUCUUCAUCUUGUCAUUCUCAUACCUCCAUUGUUACAAACUUCCUUUUGUUCCACUUUUUUCUUCCGUCAUGUCAAAUACAGCUUCGACAACAACAGCCGUCGGUCAUCGCCUGCACACCGUACACGUAAUACAAAAUGCAAGACUACAAAGAGAGAGCGAGAUCGUCCGCAAGGCAUAUACAGCAUCCACGACUGCACUGGUCCUCAACCCAUGCACAACCCUGAACGCGGCUGUACAAGAUGUGAUGAACUUCGGUGACCAGAGGCUCGGUUCCGGUGUCCGGGACCGUUUACUUCACUCACUUUGGGAUGCAUAUGUGCUGUGUAGCCAAGACAUUGAGGCCGCUUUCAGUGAAAGCCAUUCAAACACUGUGUUGUGUCAGAUUAUUAUCUACACCGGCGACGCAGAGGAAGUUAACCUGACUUCAGUUGACGAUGUCGUCAUGACAGAAAUGUACUCUAGGCUGCUAAAGAAUGACACGAAUGGAAAGUUAAUGUUCAAGCUGAACGUCAUUUGCCUAGGUUCUCAGAGUCCUGAAAAGCUAAUGGGUGUCGCGCUUCGAAAGACAGAUUUACGAACUGACCCACUGCUGUAUUUCCUUGAGCGGACACUGGCAGGAACAACACGAGUCUUCGAACUUGCAACGAUGGUCAACUCAAACGGUACUUAUACGCUCCCUCUCAAGUACACACUUGCUAGUUCAAAAUUGCCCACCUAUGCCGUGCCUUCGCGGUACUCCCAGGACCUGGUUACAAACAGUUUUCCCACAGUCGGUAGCUCCUUGCCUCUGAAUUGUGCUCAUGCUCUACAAUUCUACACUCCCCCGGUAGACUCAUCGGCCAUUUUCGCCGGUAGGGUUAAGGAGUGGCAGUUGAGCCGAAAUUUAUACCGAGUUCCUAGGACUAUCUUCCAAAAUUGGCACACGUCACCAGAAGGGAAGGCCACAACGCUCCUCCAGAUCUGGUCGAAUUCCAUUCCACCAGUGCCACAGAAUGGCUUUUCAACGACAGCGUGCCCAGUGACUCCCAUACCCGUGCAACAUGAGUUGCCUACUGCUCCUCCACAUCCAAAUUGGCCACAGCUCAAAUUUACAGAUAUCGUGACUCCGGAAGCCGAGGCAAGAAGACGAGACCAUACUUCCGCCGGCAAGAAACGUAAAUGUGAACAGGACCAGAAUGAGGAGGCUGCGGGUCAGAAAGCGAAACGGAGGAGGACAAACAAACAUGCUGAGACGACGCCUCCGACCUCUGCGCCCAUCGUGGAGGCUGGCACGAGAUCCAAGAAACCAAUCCCCAAACGACAGCCAACAAUGGAACUCCCGAGAGAUGCGGAUAAGCAGUCAGUCAAUGACACAGGCGUGUCUCUACAUUAUCCAUAUAUGCCUGAUUUCAUGUUUGGACCUCAAAAUGCCGCUCCGGCAUAAGUAUACGUCUUCGUGAUCAGCGAAUACAGCACCCUACUUCGGCAGUCCUUGACGAGACGCGUUACCACUCGCCAUUAGUCUAGCUCUCGAUAUUCAUAGACUUUUCUUCGUCGUAUUGUAGCAUCUGUCUAAUUGUAAUGGGAUUCUCGUAUCCAUAUCUAAAAGUAGAUUUACGGACCUGUAUCGUUCGCUUUGCCCAGCUUCACCACAUUGUCAAUAUAUUACUUCGAUACUAACCAGUAAUGAUUUAGACGGUUCAACCCUUACAAGAGCCUCAUGCAUCUGCAGAGGCUAAGACCCUUAAAUGAGUGCAUCACCAUUACUCGAGAAUAAUAUUGUAGCCCUAGU